UUGGCUCGUCUGGGCCAGUUUGAACGACGUACGGAAGCCGCGGCGGCUCAUCUACGGCCGCGUUUUUUUUAUUCCCUCUCUUUGCCUCCCUCCUUCCGCGCGAGUCUCAGGAGAAGCCGCAGCGCAAGGCGCCGCUGCUUCCGCCCGGGGCCCGGGCUGACCCUGGCCCCUGCCCCCACAGCUCGCCUUGCGCCAUGGACUGGCAGCCAGAUGAGCAGGGCCUGCAGCAGGUCCUGCAGCUGCUCAAAGACUCUCAGUCGCCCAACACAGCCACGCAGCGCAUCGUGCAGGAUAAACUCAAACAACUGAACCAGUUUCCCGACUUCAACAACUACCUGAUCUUCGUUCUGACCAGACUCAAGUCGGAAGAUGAGCCAACUCGCUCUCUCAGUGGCCUCAUCCUCAAGAACAACGUGAAGGCGCAUUACCAGAGCUUUCCACCGCCUGUGGCUGACUUCAUCAAGCAAGAGUGUCUCAACAACAUCGGGGACGCCUCCUCGCUCAUCCGAGCCACCAUAGGCAUUCUCAUCACCACCAUCGCUUCCAAGGGCGAGCUGCAGAUGUGGCCCGAGCUGCUGCCCCAGCUGUGCAACCUGCUCAACUCAGAGGAUUACAACACUUGCGAGGGAGCCUUCGGAGCCCUGCAGAAGAUCUGCGAAGACUCUUCUGAGCUUCUGGACAGCGACGCCCUCAACAGGCCCCUCAACGUCAUGAUCCCCAAGUUCCUCCAGUUCUUCAAGCACUGCAGCCCCAAGAUCCGGUCCCACGCCAUCGCCUGCGUGAACCAGUUCAUCAUGGACCGGGCCCAGGCGCUGAUGGACAACAUCGACACCUUCAUCGAGCACCUGUUCGCCCUGGCCGUGGACGACGACCCCGAGGUGCGGAAGAAUGUGUGCCGCGCUCUGGUGAUGCUGCUGGAAGUGCGAAUCGACAGGCUUAUCCCCCACAUGCACAGCAUCAUCCAGUAUAUGCUGCAGAGGACCCAGGACCACGAUGAGAACGUGGCCCUUGAGGCCUGCGAGUUCUGGCUGACACUGGCCGAGCAGCCCAUCUGCAAGGAAGUCCUGGCCUCCCACCUGGUCCAGUUGAUCCCCAUCCUGGUGAACGGGAUGAAGUACUCGGAAAUUGACAUCAUCCUGCUCAAGGGGGACGUGGAGGAGGAUGAGGCGGUCCCCGACAGCGAGCAGGACAUCAAGCCACGCUUCCACAAGUCACGCACGGUCACGCUGCCCCAUGAGGCCGAGCGGCCUGACGGCUCCGAGGACGCAGAGGAUGAUGAUGAUGACGAUGCUUUGUCCGACUGGAAUCUGAGGAAGUGCUCGGCGGCUGCGCUGGACGUCCUGGCCAACGUCUUCCGGGAGGAGCUGCUGCCCCACCUCCUCCCCCUCCUCAAGGGCCUCCUCUUCCACCCUGAGUGGGUGGUCAAGGAGUCAGGCAUCCUGGUGCUGGGUGCCAUCGCUGAGGGCUGCAUGCAGGGCAUGGUGCCCUACCUGCCUGAGCUGAUCCCGCACCUCAUCCAGUGCCUGUCGGACAAGAAGGCCCUGGUCCGCUCCAUCGCCUGCUGGACGCUGAGCCGCUAUGCCCACUGGGUGGUCAGCCAGCCGCCUGAUAUGCACCUUAAGCCCCUGAUGACGGAGCUGCUCAAGCGCAUCCUGGAUGGCAACAAGAGGGUGCAGGAGGCGGCCUGCAGCGCCUUCGCCACCCUGGAGGAGGAGGCCUGCACGGAGCUGGUGCCAUACCUUAGCUACAUCCUCGAUACCCUCGUCUUCGCCUUCGGCAAGUACCAGCACAAGAACCUGCUGAUCCUCUACGAUGCCAUCGGCACUCUGGCCGACUCUGUGGGCCACCACCUCAACCAGCCGGAGUACAUCCAGAAGCUGAUGCCUCCACUGAUCCAGAAGUGGAAUGAGCUCAAGGACGAAGACAAGGACCUCUUCCCUCUGCUGGAGUGCCUGUCCUCAGUGGCCACCGCCCUGCAGAGCGGCUUCCUGCCCUACUGCGAGCCUGUCUACCAGCGCUGUGUCACCCUGGUGCAGAAGACGUUGGCCCAGGCCAUGAUGUACACCCAGCACCCCGAGCAGUACGAGGCACCCGACAAGGACUUCAUGAUUGUGGCGCUGGACCUGCUCAGUGGCCUGGCCGAGGGCCUGGGUGGCCACGUGGAACAGCUGGUGGCCCGCAGCAACAUCAUGACCCUGCUCUUCCAGUGCAUGCAGGACUCAAUGCCCGAGGUCCGGCAGAGCUCCUUCGCCCUCCUGGGAGACCUCACCAAAGCCUGCUUCAUCCAUGUCAAGCCCUGUAUCGCUGAGUUCAUGCCCAUCCUGGGCACCAACCUGAACCCCGAGUUCAUCUCUGUCUGCAACAAUGCCACCUGGGCCAUCGGCGAGAUCUGCAUGCAGAUGGGGGCAGAGAUGCAGCCCUACGUGCAGAUGGUCCUCAACAACCUGGUGGAGAUCAUUAACCGGCCUAACACACCCAAGACGCUGCUGGAAAACACAGGUCGCCUGACGAGUCCCUCUGCCAUUCCAGCCAUCACCAUCGGCCGCCUGGGCUACGUGUGCCCGCAGGAGGUGGCGCCCAUGCUGCAGCAGUUCAUCCGGCCCUGGUGCACGUCGCUCAGGAACAUCCGGGACAACGAGGAGAAGGACUCGGCCUUCCGCGGCAUCUGCAUGAUGAUAGGCGUCAACCCCGGGGGUGUCGUGCAGGACUUUAUUUUCUUCUGCGACGCUGUAGCCUCCUGGGUGAGCCCGAAGGACGACCUCCGGGACAUGUUUUAUAAGAUCCUCCAUGGCUUCAAAGACCAAGUCGGGGAGGAGAACUGGCAGCAGUUCUCGGAGCAGUUCCCGCCGCUGCUCAAGGAGAGGCUGGCUGCCUUCUACGGGGUCUAGACGAGCAUCGUGACAGCCAGGUCUCUGUCUGCGUCAUCAUCGCAGGGGUUGCUGGGGAGCGCGCUGCGUCCAGAAGUCGCCGUGCCCUGGUCGAGGGGGGUUAGGGAGGAGUGAGUGGGACCCAAAUCCAGAUGCCUUCCCCGUCCAUCUACCUGUGGGGCCGGCGGCGGGCGGGCAGGUGGGUGGGGCCUCCACGCUCAUCCUACAAACGGGGGGGUGGGGUGGGACUUCUUGGCGGCAAGGGCCCCUUUGCUCAAUCGGGGUCACCUCCGGUGGCCCACUUGGGCCGGCCACGUGGGAGGGAAGAAUCAACACGGCCGACGGGAUCCGGCUUAGGAUGAGGCGAGGGGAAAGCAGGCAGGGAGGGGGGUCCUUGUAGAGACACGUACACUCACACGUACACACGUGGCCACGCGCAUGUGCGGUGCUGCAGCCAGCCAGGCUGGGCCAGCCGCCCACCAUUUCCCCGACUGCAUGGAGACAGUAGAAUUAGUGAACCCCUGAGUUAACCCGUAAGGCCUUCCGUGUAACCUGCAUCUAGAGUUUAAGAAGCUUCUGCUGUUUUGCCGGAAUUGGCGGUGAUCGGGGAGGGCUGGGGGGGUUGGGGGCCUCCGCGGGGACCCUGGGCGGGGGGAAGAGGAUGGCCACCUUGGGGCCACCCCGUCAGCACGCGCACACUUCGGACCUGCUCCGCACACUUCCUGCCGGCUCUGAGGCAGCCUCGGCCAGUGUGUCCCCCUCCUUGUCUUGUCCCAGCCAGAAGACUGGGGACCACCAGAGCAGCUGGGGCUGGCCAGAAGUUGUCCUUUCUCCUUGCCCUGGGCCCCAGCGACUUGAAGAUGCUGGGCUGGGAUUUUUUUCCCCCAAAGAGAGCUGGGGGCGGCCACAGCUGCUGCCGCCUGCCCCCCGCAUCUCUCCAUAAACAAGCCCGUGUCAAGGACAGUCCAUUUCUCCGUGCUCGCAAGAGCCCUCUUCCCAAGUUCUAGGCCUGAGUUUUAAGACAAGGGCUGCGGCCGGGGCAUUUAAUCGAUGGUGACAGAGGAUGAAGGUUUAUGUUUUGCCAGCAAGAAGGAAGCUCCGGGCCUGGAAGAGGGGAAAGGUGACGGACCCCCUGACCCCAGUCUGUGGCCCUCGGGCUUCCCGCUCAUCCCAGCACCCAGUGGGCCCCGAAACCCACCAGAUUGGGGCAUGAUUCUAGGGUACCUUCUGAGAUUGGCUGGGGAUGUGGUCACCGUGGGAGGGUUCCCCUGGAGAGGGAGGGAGCGUGGUUAUUUGCAAGUUGGCCUUGAAACUGAAACCGGGCCCUGCAGCCCCCUUAAUGUUGUUUUCCUUUUUCUCUUCUCCCACUUUCUACUUCUUUGGGGGUGCCUGUUGGGGUUUUGGGGGGCUUUGACUAGAUUCCUGCAUCCUGGGGCCUGCUCCAUCCAUCCGUCCGGGGCCCUGGACCCCACCCCCAUCACAUCCCUGUGUCUUCUUUCUGACAGGGUCAGGCCCUGCCUCUAUUCCGAGGGGCACUUGGUGCACAUUCCAUAAACUCAGCUGGUCGUGUCCCCUCUCCCCCAUAUGAAACUCCAGCAGGUCUCUGGAAGCCAUUUGUAAAAAAAAAAAAAAAAGGAAAAAAAAAGAAAAAGGAAAAAAAGUUUUUUUUUAAAAAAAAAACAUUUAAUUUUCUGGUAAUUCCAGUUCCUUGGAGCACCCUCUCUCUGCUGGGUCUUGGGGUGUGUGGAUGGAUUGGCUGAUGGGAUUGGUAACCCCUUCUCCACCCAGGAUGGGGGCUCCAAUCACCUUCAGGGAAGGGGAGCCUGGUUCUAGUUUUCUUUCUUUCCUUUUUUUUUUUUUAAGAAAACUAUUUAAUUUUUUAAUUUAUUUUUGGUUGAUUUUUGCACAACGAAGUUUCAGCUUCUCAACCUUCUCCUCUGCCCAGGGCUGCGGACCCUGACUGGCCUCGAUCUGCAGCCCCCCUCAUGCCGAUGUCCCUCCUUCCCCCUCCUCCUCUUCCUCCUGCGGGCUCCAGGGUCUGUCCAUUUGUUACUGUGCUGUGCUGGGGAUUGGCGCCGAGGUGGCGUGAGAUUCCACUUGUGUAGAACUUUGUUGAGUAAAGAUCAGUUUCUUGUGAAA